AUGAUGAUGUGUGAUAGCGAUAACGAAAGUGAGAACAAUUCGUCGGCUCACAUUUCUGUUUUUGAGCAACGCGCAUACAUUAAAAUCGAAACGAUUCGUGGUAAAACAGUGCCUGAAAUUCAUGCCGCGUUAAAUGAAGUGUGUGGAACGGAUACUGUGGAUCGUAGUACGGUGCAAAGAUGGCAUCAGCGAUUCCGUGAUGGUCGUAUAAGUAUUGAUAACAACCCUCGCUCUGGCCGACCCUCUACGGUUACUCAAGACAACACUAACGCGGCUAUUCUCGCAACUCUACUCGAUGAAAACCGACAAAUAACGGUGAGAGAGAUAGAGAAUGAAACAGGUAUUUCAAAAUCAAGUGUUCACCGCAUUUUAACGGAAAUUCUACAGAAACGAAAGAUUGCAGCACGUUGGGUGCCUCAUUUUCUGUCACCGGAACAGAAGGAUACACGUAAAGACAUCUGCCGUGAACUCCUUUCUCGCUACGAAAAUGAAAAAGAAACGUUUCUUGAUCGUAUAAUUGCAAUAGAUGAGACUUGGAUCCGUGAUUUUGAGCCGGAAUUAAAAUCUCAAAGCAAUAUUUGGAAGGGAAUAACAUCACCAAGAGCAAAAAAAGUUCGUCGCCAGCAAACAAAGGUGAAACAAAUGAUGAUUUUUGCUUACGAUAAACUUGGGAUAAUUGUCACUGAUCGAGUUCCAAUUGGCAGUAGUGUAACCGGGGAUUACUACAAAACAUUCCUUGCCAAAAAAUUGCGACCAGAAAUCCGUAAAAAGCGACCAGGAAUGUUACAAAAUGGUGUGUCCAUAUUGCUCGAUAAUGCGCGGCCGCAUAUCGAAGCACCAGUCGUCGCUUUUUUAGAGAAAUAUGGAUGGGAACGCCUCAAACACCCACCGUAUUCACCGGAUUUAAGUCCUCCGGAUUUUGAUUUAUUUCCAAAACUGAAGGAACCACUUAAAGGGAUCCGUUUUCCCAACUUAGAUAUACUAAAUGAAGAAGUGAGCCGAAGGAUCCGUGAACUCAACAAAGAUGGCGUCCUAUGCGGCAUUCAAGCGCUCCCGAAACGAUGGCAAUCGUGUAUAGACAAGCAGGGAGAUUAUAUCGAAGGUCUAUAA